GUGACGUACCAGCUGAAGAUCCUGACCACGGCCCUGUUCUCUGUGACGUACCAGCUGAAGAUCCUGACCACGGCCCUGUUCUCUGUUCUCCUUCUGGGCACAUCCCUGUCCGUGAUGUACCAGCUGAAGAUCCUGACCACGGCCCUGUUCUCCGUUCUCCUCCUGGGCACGUCGCUGUCCCUGUGUCCCUGUCCCCGUGUGACGUACCAGCUGAAGAUCCUGACCACGGCCCUGUUCUCCGUUCUCCUCCUGGGCACAUCCCUGUCCCGCCUGCAGUGGCUGUCCCUGGCCCUGCUCUUCGCGGGGGUGGCUCUGGUCCAGGCCGAGGGCGCUCGCGGCGCGGGGGGCGCGGGGGGGGCGGCCCUGGCGCCCUCGGUGCCCCCCGAGGGGCCCCCCCAGAGCUACGCCGUGGGGCUGGCGGCCGUGGCCGCCUCCUGCCUGUCCUCGGGCUUCGCCGGCGUCUACUUCGAGCGGCUGCUCAAGCGCUCGGGCGGCUCCAUCUGGGUGCGCAACGUGCAGCUGGGCGCCGUGGGCACGGCCGUGGGGCUGGGGGCCAUGCUGGCCGCCGAGGGCUCCUCCGUGGCCGCCCUGGGCUUCUUCUACGGCUACAACGGCGCCGUGUGGGCCGUGGUGGUGAACCAGGCGGCCGGGGGGCUGCUGGUGGCCGUGGUGGUCCGCUACGCCGACAACAUCCUCAAGGGCUUCGCCACCGCCCUGUCCAUCGUGGCCUCCACGGCCGCCUCGGCCCAGCUCUUCGGCUUCCGCCCCCGCGGGCCCUUCCUGGCCGGCACCGCCAUGGUGCUGGUGGCCGUCUGCCUCUACGGGCGGCCCCGCGGCCACGACAGAGGGGGACACGCCGGGGACAAGUCUCCCGACAAGGACAAGGGCACCUGAUGGCACCGACCGACCCCCCCCGGCCCUAUAGGGACCAUAUGGACCCCCAGGUCCCUAUAGGAGCCAUAACCCCUCCCCCCGGGCCCUAUAGGGACCAUAUGGACCCCCAGGUCCCUAUAGAAGCCAUAACCCCUCCCCCUGGGCUCUAUAGGGACCAUAUGGACCCCCAGGUCCCUAUAGGAGCCAUAACCCUCCCCCUGGGCU